AUGGAAUUUUUAUUUGGACUUCCUUGCACAUCGAGUGGGUUUGAUAGCACUUGGGUAAUAAUUGACAAACUUACAAAGAAAACAAGAUUUUUACUAGUGAAGGCCACUUUCACCUUGGAUAAGUUGGCCAAAUUGUACAUUGAUAAUAUUGUAAGUGUGUAUGGAGCUCCCGUAUCUAUUGUGUCUGAUAGAGAUUCCAGAUUGUCAAUCAGAAAGAACCAUCAGACCUUGGAAGAUAUGCUUCAAGCUUGUGUUUUUCAGUUCAAAGUUUCCAUUCAAGUAUUGGAAUGGCACCUUAUGAGGCUUUGUAUGGCAGACGUUGUAGAACCCCUGUGUGCUGGGAUGAAGUUGGGGAAAGAAAAUAAGCGACAAAGAGACUUGAAAUUUGAGGUUGGUGACAAAGUCUUUCUAAAGUUAUCUCCUUGGAAUGGUGUGCUUCAUUCUGGUAGAAAAGAGAAGCUGAGUGCAAGAUUUGUUGAACCUUAUGAGAUACUAGAACGUAUUGGGCUUGCAGUGUACCGUUUGGCAUUGCCUAUGGAACUUUCCAGGAUUCAUGAUGUGUUUCAUGUGUAG